AUGUUUCGAACUUGUCCAUCAUUGAUCACCAAGGGCAGACUCCACCUUGGACGUUGUUCUCUAUCCAAAAUUGCAUCAACUCUUAAAUCAGAUGAGGUCGAAGAAGUACCAGCCAAUAGACAAAAGGUAGUUCUACCCAAAAUCGAAGGAAAACCGAGCCAACGCUAUCUGGAGUUCCGGGAAAGGCUGCGAUCGGAGGCGCCGCUGGAUCCUCUGCUGCCCGAGAGUGCACCACAUCCGGCCCACGAAAAGGAGCCCCUGGAGCCGUGGCCCAACAACACCAAUCCGCAUACGGGGGAAAUCGGAGGACAGGCGGGACCAGAACCCACGCGCUACGGCGACUGGGAGCGCAAGGGACGGGUCACGGAUUUCUAAGGGAAAUCUUCACCUCGACACCUUUUUUGUUUGGACAAUUCUGAUUUAUUAACCGUGUUAACAACAGAAGCACUCACAAUUUGUUACACGAGGAAAACCGUGCGCUCCGGUAGCACCGGAAUCCAGAUCAAGAUGAGGAAAAUCAAGAUUUCCCAGAGCUGCUUCUGCGAAGGCAUUACAUAAAUUUCAUUGU